GUUUUCGGUGCAGAGAUGUGCCCGGUGCCACCUCGGGAUCUCGGCCUCGGAAAUGGUCAUGAGGGCCAGGGAUUUGGUGUACCACUUGAACUGUUUCACCUGCACGACUUGCAACAAAAUGCUGACGACUGGGGACCACUUCGGCAUGAAAGACAGUCUGGUGUACUGCAGGCUACACUUUGAAACGCUCAUCCAGGGAGACUUCCCCACGCUUUUCAAUCACACGGAUGUAGCGCCUAAUAAAGGACUGGGCAGCACGGGCCCUCUAGGACUGGCUUAUUAUAACGGCGUGAACACGGUGCAGAAGGGCCGGCCCCGAAAGAGGAAGAACCCUGGGCCCGGAGCGGACUUGGCGGCUUAUAAUGCAGGUGAGACCAUCGCUCAACUUGUUGUUGUUGCUGGUUUACUGCUCGUUUGA